UGCAGAUGCUCUAGGCAUCCAUGGACCCCGCUUCACUGUCAGCCGCAAAUCGCAACAAGUUCGACGUGGCAAUGGAGGGUUGAUUUCAGUCAAAUUUCCUCUUUUACCCGUCUGAGAAUUCCUUCACGGGCGUGUGUGUUGCAUCAUGGCUGCCAGCGACCAAGCCGAGAGUACAAAACUCCCCUCUGAUGACAAGCUGCCGGCCCCCGAACCAGCGCAUCCCGACAGCCUGACCGCCAAGUGUCACUGUGGCCGAGUCAACGUCCAGAUACCCUCUCUGCCAACCAAGCUCAAUGAGUGUCGCUGCAGCAUCUGCUACCGCUACGGUGCAGAAUGGGCAUACUACCACCCAGACGACAUCAACAUCAUCGUUAAUGCCCAGGGAUCAAGGAGAGCCCCCGAUGGCACGCCUGCCCAAACAGAGCCCGAAUCAGUAGGCGAGGGUCGUGAUAACGGUCUGAAGUAUUACGUGCGAGAGGACUCGGAGGGGUACCUCGGGUUCUAUUUCUGCGGAAACUGCGGGUGCCUCACGCACUGGGCGGUGACGGAGAAUGGGCGGAAAUACAUGGAAAGUAGGGGCAAGCCUGGGAAGGUUGGGGUGAACUCUAGGAUGCUUCCACUGACCAUCCUUGACGGCGUGGAGAAGAAGACUGGUGACUUCUGCGAGAUUUCAGAAUGGAAUUAGCAAGAAGCACGAUGGUGUUGUCCAGGGUGGUUGCACCAGACACUGGCGAUUUGUGAUGUAGUCAGUUUUGGGAUGGUGGGUUGAGACUUCUAAGCGUUGACAAUAUACCGAUCUCUUUGAUGUUCUUGCAUGGCCUGCACUGAAGUUUGCACAAAAGAGAUUGGUCAUGUAGCACAAGCUUCAAUACAUGAGCAAAAGAGGCAUAUGAGAU